AUGGAUUCCAGCAAUGCGCAGGAGAGUACUCAGCCCAGGCAGAGCAUCACUACGAUUGCUCUGGCCGUGUUGGCUCUGGUCUUUUUGGCGCUGAGACUAGUCGCUCGGCGCAUGAAGCGUGUUGACCUAGGUGCUGAUGACUGGACCCUGGUUGUGGGAUUGUUCUUUGUGUUCAUUAUUGCAGGACUCAACCUCGCUUGUAUCCAUUAUGGUAUGGGCACCCACACCGGUACCAUCCCUCUUAAUGAUCAAUCUAUGAUUUUCAAGUUGAUCUACGCUUUUGAGCCGCUCUACAUUGUAACGGCCAGCAUCGUAAAACUCGCUGUGCUGCUCAUGUACUAUCGCAUCUUCCCUGUCCGCUUCAUCAAAAUCGGUGGUUUAAUCCUUGGUGGAACUACUCUUGCUUGGAUGAUAGGCAUGGUUUUCCUAGCCUUGUUUCAGUGCUGGCCAAUUGCCAAGGCCUAUAAUCCCAUGCUUCCUGGCCACUGCAUCGUUCUUAAGGACGCACUGAUCGGGAACGGAGUACCAAACUUUGUUCUGGACAUAUGUAUUUUGGCUCUGCCCACAAAACUCAUUUGGGGGUUGCAGGCAAGUCUGUGGCAGCGCAUAUCAAUUAUAUGCGUGUUUUUGACGGGAAGUUUUGUUGUGUUUGCGAGUAUCUAUCGCUUCAGUCUCAUCUUUAUCUUCGAUAUCACAGAUGUACCCUGGAGCAUCGCCGACGCGCAAACCUGGUGUGUCGUUGAGAGCGCUGCAGGCGUCAUUUCCGCAUGUCUACCCACUCUCGCCCCCAUUAUCAAAUUUUUCACCAAGGGCUUGGUCUCCACCGCUCGCUCGCUCUCAAAAUCAAAUCUGACGCAGUCUGGAACUGGAGCUCUUUCACAGGUUGACGCUGGUGAGGCAGGGUUGAUCCAUGGAGAUAACAAGGUCACGAUCACGGCCGGUAAUGCGCCUCGUCAUAGUAAUGGAAACUAUGCGAUGACAGAUAUGAGCCCUAACAAUCGGGGGAGCUCGCAUCUCAAAGGCAAAGGUUGGACAAUGAUAAGCACCGAAACCGAUAGAGAGUCAACUUAA